AUGUGGCCGGAUGGCGUGUACCACAAGUGGCUGUUUUUUGAAGAUCAGCACUUAAUUGGUGAGAGGAGAGUCUUGUUUGCGGCAAAGCAGAAGUCCGCGCGUAAGGAUGUGGAGCGGGCUUUUGGGGUGCUCCAAUUGCGGUGGGCAAUCGUGAAAGGUCCGGCGCGUUUCUGGUACAAGGAAGUCAUCGCCGACGUCAUGUGUGCGUGCAUCAUCAUGCAUAACAUGAUAGUCGAACAAGAACGUGGCCAUGUCACCAAUUGGGUGGAUGAUGAAGCCGGAUCUAGCUCCAGCACAGAGACCUCGCCGGUCACUCGAGGAUUACCGACUGGCUUCGGUGCGGUUCUAGAGCGACAGGCCUCAAUGCGCAACCAACAAGACCAUACUCAGCUCAUGCAUGAUUGA